UUGAACUUGUGGGAAUCUUUGGCCUUUAAGCAACCUUUGCUUCAAGCAAUUCUAGAACUCUUCCUUCUUCUUCAUCCAAAUUCUAAUUCCCUUUAGAACAUAAAAACUCCAUUUCCUCUUCUUUUCUCCUGUUGGAACUCUAUCUGUAUUGAACUAAAAAACAAAUUAUAAGAAAAGCCACAGAGAAUGGCAGUGACACAUGCAGACCUUGAACCAAGUAGAGGCAAAACAGAUUUGAGUAGCAAAACAGGUGCACUCCUUAUGGUUCUGACAAUUCUAUUAGGCCUCUUAUGCUUCAUCCUAUGUCUCAUAGCCGAAGCCACGCGUUCCGAGGUGACAUGGGUGAACACAGGUGGGAAAGAAAAGGGAGCAAAAUCUGAAUGUGUUUACGAUGGGAAUGGGAAAGUGCCAUUGCUAUGUGCUGCUUCUGCUUUUAUUGGACUUGCAAUUGCCAUGGUGGUGGAGCACACUUACAUGUUGAUAGCAGUGAGUAAAUCAAAACCUUCUUUGCUCAACUGGGAUCCUGAUUCUCCUUCUGCCAAGUCCCUAAUAUGGCAAGCUGGCUUUUUCUUCAUUACAACAUGGAUUUGUUUUGCAGUGGCGGAAAUUUUGCUGUUGGCAGCACUUAGUGUAGAGUCAGGGCAUUUGAAGAAUUGGUAUAAGCCUAAAACAAUUUGUUAUAGCAUCAGAGAAGGCUUAUUUGCUUCUGCUGGUGUGUUUGCUUUAACCACAGUCUUCCUAGCUGCUGGUUUAUACCUAACAGCGCUACGCACACAGAGAAUGUUAGAGGAGCUAGCAAUUGUUCGGAGGGAGGUUCUUGAAACCUCAUCCUUCUACUCUUCUCCGCCACGAUCGCCUCAGCGACAUAUCGCAGCGGUUGCAAGGGAGAACCCCACAACAACCACCAGAGAGAGUCAGAAUGAGCUUCUGCUAUCUGUGUUCCCAACUCCUUUCAACAAAAGCUACAACUUUGUGUAAACUAAGGAAAGUAACAUUUUGAGCCUUUGGUUUUGGAAAAAUCUAAAUGGCACAAGGAAAGUGGAGUGAGGGGAAAACGAAACUGUAUUAUAGUUCUAUACAAAUAUAAGGUUAAAUUCAUUUGAUUGUGUAAAUAUCUUAUGAAUCUGAUUCAUUUGGUAAUGACUAAUGAGAUAACUUCUGCCAAUUUGGCUUUGUUAUUGCCUGUUGGAUGAUGAAUUCAAUGGCCAAUAACACAGAAUAUGCCACAGAAGAAGGUAAAAUAGAUCUUACAAGCCUAUUGUAGAAUGAAGUGAACUUCAUUAUUUUCAACAAGUUUUUUUCUUAUGGUA